AUGAAUUUUGGUUCUGAUAUUGAGUAUAUCCUCACUACCAACAUUUGCGUGAUCAAAAGCAUCUCCUCACUGCGGGGUAAAACGAGUAUGGCCUCACUAAACCUCAAAACUCACCCUUACCCAACAGGCAAUACCGAUGAAGAGAUUAGGAACGAUCCAAAAUUGUGCCGAGUAUGCUGGAAUCUCUACCCAGGAUCAGCUUCCUCGGCUCUUCCUUUGGCCGGAAUAGACAUGCACGAGAACUCUGGUACCAUCAACUCCGCCAGAGCUGCCGAAGCUGGUAAUUUAGAGGCAGCCCCCACCUGGGCGGGGGAAGCUCGUAUUGAUUAUGCUUCUUGGGGGGUCAGAGUCUACCUUCCUGACGUCCCUGGUUCAGCGGCGGGGGGUUGUGCCUCUUGCUGGCUUCUUCAAGAUAUGUUGACGAAGCUCAACAAGGGCAAAUUAGAUUGUACCGAUCUUGAGCUUUGGCUAGAGAUUGUGUUCUGUAAAGGAAACGCUCUGAGGCUGAACCUCAUUCGUGGAAGCCCGCCUGAAGACGAUUUUGACAUGUUCUCUUCCGGUGGAGAUAGUUCUGACGGUGAUCUUAUUGAACGAUAUGAGAUAUACACUCUGCCUGAUGGAAGAGCGGCAUCUGAGAUUUACCUAGAUUCCCCCUGCCCUUGGCCAACCGUUGGUUCAUGCAUGAAUAUCGAACGGCCUGAUUGGAGUCUUGAUGCCGAAUUCGGCGGACAAGCGAAUCAUAUCGAGCCUGAUCCUACUUCCAAGCCAUCUUUCGAUAGAGCAAGGAGAUGGAUAAAAGCGUGCAAAGAGAAUCAUACCAUCUGUUCUGAAGCAGAGUCUGCGUCCAGUUCGAAAUUACCUAAGCGAGUCGUCGAUAUUGGGCCUGAAACAAAUGAUGGAAUUCACAUCUUCACGCACGAUGACUCUGAGCAACAGAUAGUUGAACAGUACAUCGCCCUUUCUCAUUGCUGGGGAAAGACACAGCAUCUCAAGUCAACUAAAGACACUCUUGAGCAGUGGAAACAGAACAUUCCAUUCGAUCGUUUUGCCAAAACCUUCCAGGAUGCCAUCAUCAUCUCGCGAGAGCUGGGUAUUCGAUACAUUUGGAUAGAUUCCCUCUGCAUUGUCCAGGAUGAUACAAAGGAUUGGGAAAUAGAGGCUGCCAAAAUGGCGUCUAUUUACAAUGGUGCUGAGUUGGUCCUAUCAGCUACAGGAUCAGUUGAUGGAUCUGGUGGUUGUUUGUUCCCACGAGAGCCCUACGUAACGGUCUCAGGCACCUUUCCUGAUGGAAAGCCUUUUGAGGUUUAUGGACGCAAAGUCGCCCAGCAUUCUGCCUUUGGCUGGAAUACCGAUCGAAAUGUGGCCAAAGGUUCUUCAAACCCCCUCAGCGGAACCAGCGUGUCUGAUGUCCUAGAUCAUCCGUUGUUGACACGCGCAUGGUGCUUCCAGGAGAGAUUGUUGGCCACACGGAUCCUUCACUACACCAAGAGUGAGAUGAUAUUCGACUGUCUAUCGUCUAUGGACUGCGAAUGUGGUGCGCUUGAGAGACACGAAGAUGAUCCCUUGGUACCAGCGCGCCGGAUUAUCAAGACGGGUCAUAAGUUUAUCACAGGAACCAAGAGCUAUAGGGGAACUUCUCUUAGACCAUCAAAGCCUCUUGAAGGAGAGGUGAAGGAAUUCCAAGAACAUCAUGAGCUUUGGCGAGAUUUGAUUGUGCAGUAUUCUCAGAAACAAAUCACCUUUCGAACCGAUGGUCUACCCGCUGUUGCAGGAUUGGCUACAGAGUGGUCAGACAAGCUGACCGGCAGAUAUCUUGCUGGUUUGUGGGAGAAGGAUCUGCUAAAUGGUUUACGCUGGAUGCCAGACGAAAAAGACUCUGAGAAGGAAUUGAGCUACAUUGCACCGAGCUGGAGUUGGCUCAGUGUUCACCGUGGUGUAACAUGGGGACUAGAAAGCUUCGAGUACGACAAUCACUUCGUCACAGUCGACUUUGAUCGAACAGCCUGUCCCCUCAGAGGUGAAAACAAGUUCGGACAGGUGGAUUGUGGCUAUAUAUUUCUCACGGGUCACGCCAUGUCAAUGACUUUUAUCAUGGAUGGAAAUUCGGUGUAUCUGGAAAAGCCGGGCAACUCUGUCAGGAAACCAUUCGAAAGACCAGACAGUCUAUUUCGUUUGCGAAACCUCAAAACUAAGGACUUGUUGUGCUUGAGACUCUGUACAAGACUGAGUACGAGAAAUGCCUGGGACGAUGACGGCGCUUUAGUAUUGGUCAAGGUGGAUAACGAAACGCUCAACAAGCAGUCUGAUCUGCCCAAGGAGGUCCGAGAAUUUGGAAAUGUAUAUCAGCGAGUGGGAUACAUAACGAAUUAUAUGACGAAAGGGUGGAAUCACGAGCAGGAUUCGGAAAAGAUAGAGAUGUAUAUAAUCUAG